GUUAUCAGUUAUAUUGAAACAUCAAUAUUAUUUGUGUACCAUAUUUUAUACUUGAUGUAAAUUUUAAAACAGUAUAACUACAUAACUUAUUUUAAUAAUCAUAAUCAAUGUUGGAUUUAUUUCCAAUAAACCCGAAUAAGGAAUUACUGAAUUUCAUAUAAUGUGUUUUUUCAAAAGUCAAAUGGAGUUGUGUCAUAUCAAAUGUCUGAAAGAUAUAUAAUCCAGUAGAUAUUUUUAAGAACUACAAUUCAAUACAUUAUGUCAACUUGCAUUGCUGAUGAUUCAAAUUCAAUAAUUGGUAUUCAUGUAUCACAAUUGAAUUAUUUUUGUACAUAUUGUCAAGAUGAAAUCUCAAGUUUUCCAUGUCAAUCAAAUAAUGCGUACAACUCAAUGAUUAUUUAUGUUCGUUGUGCAAUUUGUGAAGAAUUUUUUCUUUGUUUAAUGUGCUUUUCCUCUGGGGCUGAAAUUGGCCUUCAUAAGAAUUACCACGAUUAUAAAUUAGUUACAGUUUUUAAAUCAAGUACUUUUUCAACAAAGCUUUUGGAUGCUUUAGAAGAGUGGAUUUCUGAAGACACUGAAAAACAUUUAGGAUCAAAAAAACUUAUAGACAGUUGGGAAGAUGUUGCAAGUGUAGUUGGAUCCGUACAUCCUGAAGAUGUGAAAAAAGAAUAUUUUGAUACUUUUGUCAAUGGAUUUUUUGGUCAAAAUAUUAUUAAACUAGUUAAUAAACAUUCAGGAUAUCCUCAAGUUGUAACAUUAGAUCAAGCCAUAGCAAUGGGUUGUUUAGAAAAUUGUCCUAUUUAUUUCCCAACACGUAAAUACCUAAAAAUUCCAGCAGAUAGAGAAAAUGUAGAAGAUUAUGAAAUUUUAGAGGAAAAUAUUAGACAUAAUCUUUAUAAUAAUCAGGAUCUGUCAAUGCAAAAUAAGAAUAUAUUAGAUAGUUACCAAGUACAAUUGUUAUUGCAAUGUGCUGGAGAAUUUGGCUAUGGAAAUUGGGAAGAUAUGUGUAAGCAAUAUAAUACAAUUAUACACAUGGAAUAUCCAAGAGGAAAACGCACAUAUUUAUCAGCAAUGAAAAUCAAGGAAGAAUAUGUGCUCCGUUUUAUUCAAAAUCCUAUUUUACGUGGAACUUGGUUACCAUCCUCAAAUACAAGACCUCAAAUACCUGAUCGAACAAAACGUAUUGAAGGACCUAGAUGUGAAUAUGAACAUGUUUUAAAAGAACAACUAUCUAUUGAAGAUUUAGAUAUUUUUUUUUAUCCACCUCCACUAGAUGAUGUAGAUGAUUACAACUGUAUAAUUGAUGAACAAAAACUUGUAGAAGAUGAAUCAUCAGAGUCUAACAACAAGUGUUUAGUUUGUACUUACUGUCAAGAUGAAUUUGAAGUUAUUGGUUAUCGAACAGACGGUCAUAAAUUUUCGAAUUACAAAUUAAUUACUGUAUAUACCUGUUGCUCAAAUAAGCAGACUUGUGAAAAUUUUUAUUUAUGUCUAGUGUGUUUUUCAAGUGGAGCUGAAAUUGGAAAACAUAAAAAUAGUCAUGGAUAUACUUUGAUAACUGAAGUGAAAACUUAUUCUAGUGAUGUUUAUUUUCAAGAGUCCAAUUGGACUGCUAUAGAAGAGUUAGCUUUUUUAUGUGCUCUAGAAGAAUGGUUAUGUGAACACUCUGAUAAAUAUAUAGAUCCAUUCAAUUCUGGAAAUUGUAUUACAGAUUGGGAUUCUGUUGCUCAGCAUAUUAGAUCAAAAAAUGCUAAUGAAACAAAAACAGAAUUUGAAAAUUUAAUUUUAAAUCGAAGAAUUUGGCAACUUUAUGAAACAUAUGCCCACGUUGAACCUUUAAUUACAUAUGAAGAUGCUGUUGAAAUGGGAUGUUUCAAAACUUCUAAUCAAACUUCAAGUAUAAUAACAGACACAGGAGAAGGAAUAGUAGUAAAUGAAAAGAAUACGUGGAAUAAAUCAGAUUUAAUGUUAUUAUUAGAUUACACAGCUAUAUAUGGUUAUGGUAAUUGGGAAAAAAUUUCAGAAGAAUUCAAUAAAACUAAUUUUUAUGAACAUUUUGGAAAAGUUAAUUAUUUUAUAAUAAGAACUCCUGAAGAAAUAAAAAAAGAAUAUUUACUUCGAUUCUUUGAUGAUCCAAUUAGGCGAGGAACUUGGAAGCCACCAUCAAAUAAGCCAAUUAUUUUAGAUCGUACGUGGUUUUUUAAGCAACCUGUUGAAAUGAAGUAUCCUAUAGUGGAUUAUAUUUUAUUUGCUGAUACUAGUUAUAAUAGCAUUGCUGAUGAAUUUGAAUAUCCUUACAUGAAUAUAGCCGAAUCUUCCUUGGACAAUGUGGAUGAUUUUGAAACUAAUUUAGACUACUUUCAUUCAAAACAUUCUUUAGAAAAAUGUAAUGGCACUACAAAAGAUAUGAUGGAUACUAAAGAUACCAUUAAAUCAAAAGACCCGUGUACGAGUACAGUGUUCAACAUUAAAAAAGUAAAAGCAUUAAUUGCUUUAGAACGUUACAAUGAUAUAUUAUGGGAUAGAAGAAUGGCUAAAAAAUGUGUCCACAAUUAUAGAUUAAUUGAACAUUUUGCAAUGUAUAAAAACAAAGAAUUGCCAAAAAUAAAACAAUUUUCUGAACAAACGUUUGUGGAGCGUUUAGUGAAAAUGUCAAGAUUUAUGACUAUUGACACUCACAGAGCUCUAAUUGAAGGAGUAAAGAAUGAAAAACUGCUGAGACUGCGUUUAAAUGAAUUAAAAUAUUACAAAAAGAUAGGUUUAACAAAACUAUCUGAAAUCAAUAAGUUCAAUAAAUUACAAAAACACAGACGUCAAAAAAAACGGUCUACACUUCAUAAUACUGAAGACUCAUUGGAUCUUAGAUGUCAAACAUUUAAUGAGCUUCUAAUUCCUUCAGGAUCUAAUGAAAAUGGUUAUAUUCAAAAUACUACUGAAAUGCAAAGUAUCAUUUGAAUACAAAAUGUGAGGUAUUUAACGUAAGUACAAAUUGUCUUUAUAGUAAAUCUAACUGAAAACUUCUGAUUGUAAUAUUAAGUA